AUGCCGAAAAAGUUUGCGAAUGAAAAUCCAAAGGUUACUGCAGCCCGGGAUCGUAAAGAAACAGCCAAGAAAACGGAACAGGAUCGCAAGCAGAAGGCUGUAGAGGAUGCAUAUUGGGAAGAUAAUGACAAGUUAGCUAACAGAAAGAUUCAGAGAAAAGAUGAUGAGGAGAAGAAGAAAGCUGAAGCUUUAAAAAGAAAGGAAGAAAACAGAAGAUUAGCGGAAGAAGAGUCCAAAGCAGUCGGUGGGAAAGUGGCAUCAUCUACAUCUAAGGUUACUAGAGCUGAUAUCGAAAAACAACGCGAAGCUGCGUUGCUUCAGAGACUUCAAGAAGAUCGUUUGAAGAAGUUAGAAGCUACUAAAAUAGAAGUUACUCCUGAGCACAAGUUAGAAGAAAAUAUCAAUAAACUCAGUCUUACUGAAGAAUCAGCUCGUAAUGUAGAUGAAGCUCUGCAAGUUCUAGGUGCACCUGGUGAUGAAGUCGAUAUGCAUCCUGAGAAAAGAAUGAAAUCCGCCUACCUAACUUUCGAAGAAACUCGCUUACCCCAACUUAAACAAGAACAUCCAACCUAUCGUCUUUCGCAAUUAAAGCAGUUGCUCAAAAAAGAGUGGCAAAAGUCUCCAGAUAAUCCAUUGAACCGAGUUCUAGCCAUGACUAAAUGA